AUGAAGCAGCAAGAGUCGAACGUAUUGGAGAUUCCGCAAGAGCAAAGAGUCGGGUUGAAAGUGAGGAACUUGUCCGUUGCGGUCAAGUCUCAGCUAGGGAACGGAUCGAAAGAGUGUAAGGAAUCUGAUGAUUUCAACAGUAGAUCUCCCCGGAUCUUGAAUGAUAUUUCGUUCACUAUAAAACCGGGCGAGUUGGUGGCGUUGAUGGGUGGCUCCGGUGCUGGUAAGACGACUCUUUUGCAUACCCUAUCGCAGCGGUUGAACAUUGGCAACAGGAAAUUGGAGUUUUCCGGAAGCGUUGAAUAUACCAGAAACGAGCACAUUAAACAUAUCAAACACGCUUAUUUGCUUCAAACUGAUUUCUUCCUACCUGGGCUAACAGUCUUGGAAACUUUCCAGAGUCAAGCUGACUUGAGACUCCCGCCGUACGUUUCAAAAGCAGACAAGGACGAGUUGAUAGAGUACAUCGUUGAAGUAUUGGACUUGGGCCAUUUAAAAAAUACCCGUGUUUGCCAGUUUUCGCUGCAUGCGACUACUUUGUCGGGAGGGGAACAGAGAAGAGUCAGUUUGGCAAUACAGUUGCUUUCUCGGCCAUCGAUCUUGUUUCUUGAUGAGCCAACUUCGGGGCUCGACACGUCGACUUCCUUGAGCCUAGUCCAGUUGUUGAAAAAGCUAGCUUCCAACAAGUAUGGCAUCACGAUUGUAUUGUCGAUCCACCAGCCAAGACCAGAGAUUUGCGACAUGUUUGACAAGGUUUGCUUGCUUACACACGGAGGAAGACUUGUAUAUUUUGGUGAUUUGAAAAACGAAGCCGUCGACUAUUUUGGCAAGUUGGACGGCUUGCCCGAGAUUGACACAAACAUGAGCGAGUAUGUGAUGAAACUAUCGGUUAAGGAUGCGUCAACCGUGGAAAGCGAGUCCCAAUCGGUGCGCCGUAUCAAUUACUUGGUUGAAAAUUGGAAAACCUUGAAUGAGCAUGUAUACGACAGCACGGUCAAGGAAAACCAAAAACAAUUUGCUGCCAAUAUCAAGCUUUUCACCACGCCCAAGCGGGAUAAAAUUUCAUCAUUGAGACAGCUUGCGGUGAUGACCAAGAGAGAUUUUAAAGUAAGCUCUCGUGACUACAGCAGUCUUGCCGUGUUGAAUUUUGGUAUCUUGGUGAUUGCAGUCACAGUGGGGUGGAUGUUUUACCGCCCAAACCAUGAUUUGGCCGGUAUAAGGUCAUUGAUCUCCACCCAAUACGUGAUGUUGGAAGUUGUUGGUUUCUGUGCCAUGUUUAUCGAGGCAGAACGAUUAUGGACCACCGAAGGUGCAUAUUUCUUCCGUGAGUACAAAGAACACACCGCAAGCAUCCCCAAUUUCAUCAUAUCGAGGCGGUUGGCCAAGUUUCCCUUGGAGGAUUUGCCAAUGACAAUCAUCUUUGCUGUGCUUACAUUCUUUAUGUGGGGCUUGAGGGUAGGCAAUGGGUCUCAUUUUGGAAUCUAUUUCACGGUCACGCUUCUCACGCAAUUGUGCUGCAUGACUGCUGCACUCUUGAUGUUUGCCAUUUCGCCGAGUAUCCCCUUUACCACCUUGUUCAUCAACUUGUUUUACCAAUUGCAAAACUCGGCAUCUGGAUAUUUCGUGAAUGCAAGCACUAUGCCCGUUUACGUUAGGUGGACAAAAUAUAUUGCCUAUUUCUGGUACGGAUUCGGUGCAUUGUGUGCUAACCAGUUUACCGAUUGGGUUGGUGACUGUCCCUAUAAUGAUUCCAGCAGAUGCGCCGAGUACACGGGAAAUGCGCAAUUGGCAAUCUUGGGAUACCCGCAAGGAUGGAUUGCAGAGCCCAUUGGCAUUUUAGUUGCUUGGGUAGUUGGGUUCUUAAUCUUGGCUGGAAUCGCGUUGCGGUUCCGCUCGUAUGAUGGCGGGAUGGCAAAGACCAAAAAGAACAAGUUGGGAGAUGAAGAAGGUGAAGGCAUUCAGCAUGAAGAUAGAGUAUUUUCCCCUGGUGAGACGGAGGUGGUGGAAGUCGAUGACAAUUAUCCAGUGGAGAUUAAUCUUUGCAACAUCCACCUCGAAGUGAAGGAGAAAAAAUACUGGCUCAAGACAGUUGGCAAAAAGACGUUAUUGAACAACAUUAGUGCCACAUUCAAAGCCGAUACUGUCAAUUGCAUAAUGGGACCAUCGGGAAGCGGCAAAAGCACGUGCCUCAACUACUUGUCCAAUAGAUUGGACCGCUCAUCGAGUUUCCUUGCCUCGGGAGACAUCAAGAUCAACAACUGCCAGGCUGUUUCUCGAGGUGAAUUGAGCAGAAUUUCAGCAUACGUGACGCAACAUGACAAUUCGCUUAUUGCCGAUUUGACGGUUCGUGAAACGUUAUACUACCAGGCCAAGUUGCGUUUACCCUUGAAGCAACAAGCGGCAAUACCGAGAAUUGUCAACAAGUUGAUACGGCAGACUGGGUUGCUUGAUUGUGCCGAUACUCUAGUUGGAAACGAUGUCGUUAAGGGAAUCUCUGGAGGAGAAAAGCGGAGGUUGAGUAUAUCAAUCCAGUUGCUUUCCAAGCCAAAAGUGUUGUUUUUGGACGAGCCAACAUCUGGGUUAGACUCCACCACCGCGGAAGCCAUUCUCAAUUUGUUGGGAGAAUUGGCUCGAGAAAAUGGCACCACCGUUAUCUUGACUAUUCACCAGCCAAGCGAAGAAGUUUAUUCUCGGUUUGGAACGUUGCUUUUGUUGGGCAAGGGAGGCAAUGUCAUAUACAACGGCACGUCAUUCGGUGUAGUUCAAUAUCUUGCCCUGCUUGGAUUUAUAAACUCCUCAAACAAGAACACCGCCGAUUACAUUUUAGAUUUGAUUAGUCAUUCCGAAAAUGAAGAAGUUCAAGUAGUUGAAGAUAGAAUUGCAAGGUUAACCAACAAUUGGAGAUAUCGGGAUAAACUUGAUUUCAACGAUGAUCAUGUUAAUGAUGAUGAAAAAACCAAAAUAAUUUCAGAAAAGAAGAAAAAUGGUGUGGUUGGUGGACCCAUUGACUUGUCCCUCUUUUAUUUCAAGAGACUUUCCAUACUACAUACUUUCCCCGUUGUCGCCGAGCGACAAUUUGUCACCCAGUUCAGAUCCAAGGACAGCAUUUUGAGCAGAGUAGGGCAAACCAUUUUCCUCACCAUUAUCCACACGUUAUUUUUCGCCCCCUUGAGGAACAGCCAGGACGGGAUAUCCAACAGAUUGGGGUUGAUUCAAGAAGUUCUCAAUUUGUACUUUGUUGGUCUCGUCAACAACAUCAGUCUUUACCCAUUUGAGAGAAACUUAUUUUACCAGGAAUACAAAGAUGGCAUCUAUGGAGUCACCGAGUUUGGCAUAUCAUACCUUUUAAACGAGCUCCCAACAGAAAUCAUCCCCUGCUUCUUUUUUGCAGCCAUGAUUGUAUUUGUUUGCGGGUUACCGAGAAACGCCCUGAUGUAUUUCGCCAUGUUUGCCACGGGGUUCGUGUCCAUCAACUGCGGUGAAUCCUUGGGUAUAUUUGUCAAUAGUAUAUUCACCCAUAUGGAAAUCGCUACCAAUGUGCUUUCCACCAUCAUCAUCAUUGCCAUUUUCAUGGGUGGCACAAUGUCCUUGCACAUGCCUCAUUUUUUCAAAGCCCUCAACUAUCUCAGUCCCAUGAAGUAUGCAGUGUCGAUAUGUGCCAAUCUUGGGUUUGAGAAUCAAACGUUUAAAUGCGACGCCGAGGGUGAUUGCAGCUUGAGGACCGGACAAGAUGUUUUAGAUUACUACAAUUUGGAAGCUAAUAUCGGCGCCAUGUUUGGUGGGCUCUUUGCAUGUUUUGUCCUCUAUAGAGCCAUUGCAAUAGCUUCUAUAUAUGUGAGGGUGAAAUGGUUCUAA